CAAUUGUGUAUUUGUUAUAAUUAGUAUGAGUGGGAAAAAAUCCCAAAGUACACACGUUCUUAAAAAAAAUUUCCAAAAUACAUGAGUUAUAAAAAAAUUUCCCAAAGUACACAUGUUUGAGCAUCACCGUUUUAGACAAACGCGGUGAAGUAUUCACCAUUUCAAACCAAAACGGUGAAGUUUUCACCGCGUUAAUUAACAACAGUGAACACAUCACCGUUUUGGUCAAAAACGGUGAAGCCUUCACCGUUGUUAACUAACGCGGUGAUCAUUUCCCACGUUUCCCACCCCUGGUAGGUCAAAAUUAGGUCGCAGCUACCACCUAUUCACCGUCUGAGACAAACGCGGUGAUAGUGUUCACCGUUUUUGACAAAAACGGUGAAUAGUAGGCAGAUUUUCCUAUAAAUAGCACACCACCAGCAGUUGUAAAAACAUAACCACUCCCCUUUCUUCAAAUUUCAGCAGCCAAAAUCGAGCAUAAUACACAGAACAGAAAUUUUUCGGUAUGUUGAGACUUUUCGUAUUAUGGUCUAAUUAUGUUUUUAGUAGUUAUAGUAUGAUUUAAUUUUCGUAUUAUGUUGUUGUUAGUUAGUUGAACUUAUGUUCGUUAGUUAUAGUAUGAUUUAAUUUUCGUAUUAUGUUGUUGUUAGUUAGUUGAACUUAUGUUCGUUAGUUAUAGUAUGAUUUAAUUUUCGUAUUAUGUUGUUGUUAGUUAGUUGAAUUUAUUUUCGUUAGUUAUGGUAUGAUUUAAUAUUAGUUGUACAAUAUGAUUUUGGUUAAUUUUACUGUCUUUAAGCUAAUAGAUACUUAUUGUAAAUUGUAGAUAUGGGUAAAUUCAAGAAGUUUCAUCUUACUAUUCGGUGGAAUGGAAGGGUGACAAACUCUGACAUAGGCAUUGAUUAUGAGGACGGCGAAUCCAUUAUGCUGAAAAUUGAAUCCCGAUUCAAUUUUCAAGAACUCUAUGAUCUUUGUGCAGAAAGGGUUUGUACGAGCGGACAGACGAGACUUGGCAAAAUUACUUACCGGUAUCCAGACAUGAGUGCUGGCGGGGUCGUGUUCCAAGAAGUUGUCAUAAACGAUGAUGACGCGGUUAUGAUGAUGUUACAGUUCCUAAGCGAUAACCAAGUCCGGCUUGCAGAGGUGUAUGUUGAGACCGAGGCGCUCGGUGAAUCUCAUUCUCACCAGUAUUCUUAUGAUGAUGGUUUUGCAGGAGGGUACGAAUGGGGUGGUAGUUCGAGCAACUACCAAGGCGGUGGUUAUACAGGAGGUUACGGGGAGGGUGGUGGUUCAAUCAACUACGGUGGAUCGAGUAGUGCAGGAUGGGACCAAUACUCGCAACCUCCUAAACCAGCCCCAUUUGUUGAGGCCGAUGGUGUUCAAUGGCCUGCUUGGGGGCCAGAGUGGUAUGGAAUCGAGAAUACCAUUCGAUCAGGGGGUACUUCACAUGAGCGAGAGGACGAUGUUGGUGAUCGUGGUCAUGUUGAUCCUUCUAGCUCGAGCUAUCCAUUCGAGUCAAGCGACGAGGAUACUGAGGAAGAUUUGAUAUCAGUGAGCGAGGAGGAGGAAGAUACUGAUGAUAACGAGGAUGAGGCGGCAUUUCGUGAGGCACCCACGCCAUAUUACACACAGGUUCCAACUCAAUUUUUACAUAGUCAGAAGGAUCCCCCCGACUUUGUCCCUAUGCCAGUGUACAAUCCGACGGCCAAUCUGGAGGUGGGUAUGGCGUUCACAUCGAAAGACGCUGUGCAGGAUGCAUUUACAGAAGAGGCGUUGAGGCGCAAUUUCGAGUGGAAGGUAAAAUAUUCUGACAGUAAACAAUUACAUGUCAUAUGCAAGCAUGAUGCAGAGGGUUGUACAUGGCAACUGCGGGCUGCAAAUAUGAAGAGAAAGGGUGCUUGGGUGAUUCGCAAAGCUGAGACGAUCCACACAUGCUCCUCUUCUAUACUUUCCCAAGAUCACAGGCAACUAAAAGCAAAGAAGGUUGGGAGAACUAUUAAGCACCUUAUAGAAGGAUCGACAUUCUUACACGAUAAGGUACAAAAAAGCAUGGCAUGGUAAGCAGAAAGCCAUGGCUGAGGUGUAUGAUGAUUGGGAGGAUUCGUAUGCUUUACUCCCUAGACUUAUGGGAGCAAUGGAGGAGUCCAAUCCUGGGACUGUUUUCGUCCCAGUAUACAACAAUGUAUACACUGAGGAUCAAGUUCGAGUACAGGAUAAGCUGAUGUUCCAUCGUCUUUUUUGGGCUUUUAAACCAUGCAUUGACGGUUUUGGGUUCUGCAUACCGGUUAUUCAGGUAUUUUACCAACUAGUUCCGGUUUUAAAUGUUGUAUUAUUUGCUGUUAAGUAUAUUUCAUACUAAUUAUAUCCUAAAUUUUUAUUCAGGUUGACGGAACUUUCCUUACUGGGAAGUACAGAGGAUGUCUUCUAAUUGCCACUGGCGUUGAUGGAAACAGGCGGAUUUUCCCGCUUGCAUUUGCAUUAGUGGAAGGGGAGAACAGUUUAAGUUGGGCUUGGUUCUUUGACCAACUGCACGAACACGUGACACAGCGGGAAGAUAUUACGAUUAUAUCCGAUCGACAUGCGGGGAUAAGGAAUGCUGUUGGUGGUUUUCCCGACGAGUGGGGGUGGAGAUGGAGAUGGUGUAUUCGGCACUGGCUCGCCAAUUUCCAACACAAAUUUGGGAAGAAGAAAGACAUCAAAAAUCU